AUGCUGACAUGUCCGCAACCUUUGGGAUGUGUGCAUGGUGGCAAGGGGCUGACCGAUAUGAGAUUCCUUCUUUUAAGGGAAAUUGUUAUUAAUGAGUCAAGAAACUGCUCAUUUAUGAUAAUUAGCACCAUGGAGCCACAGGUGUCAAAUGGCCCGACAUCCAAUACAAGCAAUGGACCCUCCAGCAACAAUAGAAACUGUCCUUCUCCCAUGCAGACAGGGGCAGCCACAGAUGACAGCAAAACCAACCUCAUAGUCAACUAUUUACCCCAGAAUAUGACCCAGGAGGAAUUCAGGAGUCUCUUUGGGAGCAUUGGUGAAAUAGAAUCCUGCAAACUCGUGAGAGACAAAAUUACAGGACAGAGUUUAGGGUAUGGAUUCGUUAACUAUAUUGAUCCAAAGGAUGCAGAGAAAGCCAUCAACACUUUAAAUGGACUCAGACUCCAGACCAAAACCAUAAAGGUCUCAUAUGCCCGUCCGAGCUCUGCCUCAAUCAGGGAUGCUAACCUCUACGUUAGCGGCCUUCCCAAAACGAUGACCCAGAAGGAACUGGAACAGCUUUUCUCGCAAUAUGGCCGUAUCAUCACCUCUCGAAUCCUGGUUGAUCAAGUCACAGGAGUGUCCAGAGGGGUGGGAUUCAUCCGGUUUGACAAGAGAAUCGAGGCGGAAGAAGCCAUCAAAGGGCUGAAUGGCCAGAAGCCCAGCGGUGCUACGGAACCGAUUACUGUGAAGUUUGCCAACAACCCCAGCCAAAAGUCCAGCCAGGCCCUGUUGUCCCAGCUCUACCAGUCCCCCAACCGGCGCUACCCUGGCCCACUUCACCACCAGGCCCAGAGGUUCAGGCUGGACAAUUUGCUUAAUAUGGCCUAUGGCGUAAAGAGGUUCUCCCCAAUCACCAUCGACGGGAUGACAAGCCUUGUGGGAAUGAACAUCCCUGGUCACACGGGAACAGGCUGGUGCAUCUUUGUCUACAACCUGUCCCCUGAUUCCGACGAGAGUGUCCUCUGGCAGCUCUUUGGCCCCUUCGGCGCAGUGAACAACGUCAAGGUCAUCCGCGACUUCAACACCAACAAGUGCAAGGGAUUCGGCUUUGUCACCAUGACCAACUAUGACGAGGCGGCCAUGGCCAUUGCCAGCCUCAACGGGUACCGCCUAGGAGACCGAGUGUUGCAAGUUUCCUUUAAAACCAACAAAGCCCACAAGUCCUGA